AUUUAUUCAUUUGAAUUUUUAAUUCAUAACGGCUUCUUUAUUCAUUUCAUAUUGAAAACUUUGGGGCUUCAUAUAGGAUCGUUCACAAAAUUGAUUUUAACGUGCCGGUGACUGACAGCACGUGAAAGCAGCACGUGCCUUUUUGUAAAUGCGAAUUCCCUUGGUCAGUUUGACUUUCGUAAAAUUCAGUGUUUGACUUUUUAUUGUCAAACUGAACAAGUAGCACCUUCCCGUUUUUUUCUUGUUCCACUGUGCUUCUUUUGAAGGUGGCAUCAUUUGUUUUCAAUAAACGCUAGCAUUUGUAAUUUUGGCACAUCUGAGUUUCCGUAGCCACGGAAGUAGCGUUUCACAAGCAACCAUCCGGGCCCCGGCGUGACAUUCACCGGGUUGUUGGAAACGGGGGUUGUGUAAAAGGAGAAAUACGACCACCCUUGGCCCGACCUAGCUGUUUUCAAAAUGAGAGUACUACAAGCGGGUCUGUCUUUGGCUAAAACGCAUCUUCUCGCACCAGGGAGCGUCACUGUUAAAAAGGUGCUAAUCAACAGCUGUCGGACAUGCUCCUCCGGCGUCUACCCCAACGAGAGGAUCCGCAACAUCGGGAUCUCAGCUCACAUCGACUCGGGGAAGACCACCCUGACCGAGCGUGUCCUCUACUACACCGGCAGGAUAGCAGAGAUUCACGAGGUGAAGGGGAAGGACGGAGUUGGAGCCACCAUGGACUCUAUGGAGCUGGAGAGACAGAGAGGCAUCACCAUCCAGUCAGCUGCUACAUACACCAUGUGGAAGAAUCACAACAUCAACAUCAUUGACACACCGGGUCACGUGGACUUUACCAUUGAAGUGGAGCGAGCGCUGCGUGUGCUGGACGGAGCCGUGCUGGUUCUGUGUGCCGUGGGCGGAGUCCAGUGUCAGACCAUGACCGUGAACAGACAGAUGAAACGCUACAGUGUCCCUUUCCUCACCUUCAUCAACAAGUUAGACCGCAUGGGCGCCAACCCCAGCCGAGCCCUGCAGCAGUUGAGAACCAAACUGAACCACAACGCAGCCUUUGUGAACAUCCCCAUCGGCCUGGAAGGGAACAUCCGCGGCAUCGUUGACCUUGUACAGGAGCGGAGCAUAUAUUUUGAAGGACCAUUUGGUCAAACUAUCCGCUAUGAUGAGAUCCCGGCAGAUAUUCGCGCAGAGGCUGCAGACCGGAGGCAGGAACUGGUGGAGUGUGUGGCCAACGCUGAUGAAAUCCUAGGAGAGAUGUUCUUGGAGGAAAAAAUUCCAACCAAUGACGACCUGAAGGCUGCAAUCCGCAGGGCCACAGUGCAGCGUCUCUUCACACCAGUGUUGGUGGGCACAGCGUUGAAAAACAAGGGUGUCCAGCCUCUGCUGGACGCUGUCCUGGAUUACCUACCGAACCCCACUGAAGUAAAAAACUACGCUAUCUUCAAUGAUGAAGAUUCCAGUGAAGCAUCGAAGGUUCAAAUGGACCCUACAAGAGAUGCUGCAAAUCCCUAUGUGGGUCUGGCCUUCAAACUGGAGGCAGGGAGGUUUGGUCAGCUGACGUAUGUGCGGGUGUACCAGGGCUGUCUGAAGAAGGGGGAAUACAUCUACAACACACGCACAAGCAAAAGGGUCAGAGUUCAGAGGCUCGUGCGUCUCCAUGCUGACCAGAUGGAGGAUGUGGAUGAAGUUUAUGCAGGAGAUAUCUGUGCUCUGUUUGGGAUCGACUGUGCUAGUGGAGACACUUUUACAUCAAGGACCAGUGCCAACCUCUCAAUGGAGUCAAUUCACAUCCCAGAGCCUGUCAUUUCCAUGUCAAUGAAGCCAGCCAACAAGAAUGAUCUGGACAAAUUCUCCAAAGGUAUCAACCGGUUCACCAGGGAAGAUCCGACGUUCAGGGUUCAUUAUGACACAGAGAGCAAAGAAACCAUCAUCUCAGGCAUGGGCGAGCUGCAUCUGGAAAUCUACUCCCAGAGGAUGGAGAGGGAAUACAACUGUCCCUGUGUGAUGGGGAAGCCCAAAGUGGCUUUCAGAGAGACCAUUACCGGUCCUGUACCGUUUGAGUUCACCCAUAAGAAGCAGACUGGUGGCUCUGGCCAGUACGGGAAAGUUAUCGGAGUCCUUGAGCCUCUGGAGCCAGAUCAUUACACCAAGCUGGAGUUUGACGACCAGACCGUUGGUACAAAUGUCCCAAAGCAGUUUGUACCCGCCGUUGAAAAGGGCUUCAGGGAGGCCUGUGAGAAGGGACCCCUGAGCGGGCACAAGAUCUCCGGAGUCAGAUUCCUCCUGGAAGAUGGAGCGCAUCACAUGGUCGACUCCAAUGAGAUCUCCUUCAUCCGUGCAGGAGAGGGCGCUCUAAAGCAAGCAAUGGAGAAGGCCAACACGACCAUACUGGAGCCAAUCAUGUCUGUAGAAAUUGUAGCACCUCAGGAGUUUCAGGGAGCAGUGAUUUCUGGUGUAAACCGUCGGCAUGGUGUUAUCACAGGACAGGACGGGGCUGAGGGAUACUUCACUCUGUACGCGGAUAUUCCACUAAAUGACAUGUUUGGCUACGCCACAGAACUACGCUCCUGUACUGAAGGAAAAGGCGAGUACACCAUGGAGUACAGCAGAUAUCAGCCGUGCCUGCCAGCCACACAAGAAGAACUCAUCCACAAAUACUUAGAGGCUACAGGGCAGCUGCCUGCAAAGAAGAACAAGUGGAAGAGCUGAAAACUCUGUCUACUCAAUCAUACACUAUUGGACUUUAAAGGAGGGACAGUUGCCAUGUCAGACACCUUUUCUGCCCAUCAUCAACCAUAACUCGACAAUGAGGCUUUAAUUCGUGGAGCCAAACAAAACUUUGACAUUUUACUUUUGUUUUGUGGUUAAAGCUAAUUUUCCUCCAUAGUGAUUGACCCCUGUGAAAAACCUACUGUAUUUAUUACUUUGAUUUUAGCACAAAUCGACCUCUAUGCUCUGUAGUCAACAUUUUGUAAGAUGGUGGUUGGUAAAAAGAAGCUCAGCGUUUUGACUUGAGCUUGUAAUGGCUUCUGUACUAUGUACAGAAUGGAUUUGAUGUUAUAAUGAUUGCAGCAAAGAUACAUGUUCUUCUUUUAAAGUGUAAUUGUUGUUUUUUUUAUGUGCAGAUCGUUCUUUUCCCAACAAAGUAUCAAACACUUAGUGGAAAACCCACCUUUUUCUUGCACAGAACCACUCAUUGAGGUAAACUUGAGCAAGCAGAUGCUUCCCAACUGAUUAGCAACAAAACAAAUUAGAAAACCAAAACCUGCAAAAAGAAACAGAAUUGUGCACUAAUACCAGUCAGAGCUAGUUCCUUCUCACCUGUCCAAAGAUCUCAGUUUCCUCUGCCGUCUCUGGUACGCUGUUGGGAUAAGCCGACAUAUCCGCUGAGGCAGACUCAGGUGUGAUCGUCACGCUGGGGCUCCCGGUUACCCCCAUUAACACAGCCAGAAAAACGAGGAUCCUCAAGCCCAUUACAGUAUGCUGUAAAACACAGAUGCUAGAGAAAGGGAAAAGCCAGUUCUGUGAAGGAGUCCAAGCAGGGAAAUGACCUUCCAGUCAGUGUGGAGUUAUAUAACAAGAGAAGGAGGGGAAGCAGAGAGAAGAGACUGUCCAGAUCCUGCUGUCUUCCUGGCACGAUCUGUUUAUUUUUUCCUCUUAUCUAAACAAACCGCUCCACUUUAUCUGGCUCAGUUCUUCAUACGCUGUCAUGCAACUCACUUAAGCUGUCAGCCACUAAAUGUUUCGGCACCCUCACAAGAAGAAAUGAUGAGUUUAGCAACAGUUUUCCCAUUAGAGCUGCUGCUCAUGAAGCAGGUGUGAUUAAUAUGGGAAGUUGAUGGGUUGCAGCCUCGCUUGGUCCACAGUGUGUUAGUGGGAGAAAAACCUUCACUGAGCCAAAUUAAACAAGCGCUGGCAAUUUGGGGUAGUUCAAACACAAAAUCUAAUCUAAGAUUAUGUUGGAGAGGCAGGCUAUGCCACAUCAAGAGGACAGCAAGAAAAGUAGGCUCAUCACAAGACAUCUACUACAGAAUAUUCCCACAGGAAAUAAUGCCACUUUCUCAAUAUCUAGUUCGUGAACAAUGGUGUCCUUUUUUUUUUUUUGAUGAACCUGACAAGACAUAAUUCUUCUUCAUUCAUGACCUUGAAAACAGUAGUUGAGAAAAGCAUCUCUCCAUAAGGUCAGUCAGUACCAAUGGAUCUUGCAGUGUGAUAUUUUUUUUUUGUCGAUUAUCGUUCUCCUUGUUUAGCCUGGAAACCUUGGCUGAGUUAUCUUGAUAACUGAUGAGAGAGGAAGAGGAAACUGGAGAGAGAACUCUGAUUCUUAAAAUGGCUGCUGACGUGGAUGGCUGUCUAAUAUUUCAGAAAUAUGUUGGAUGUUCCUCCAUGUUUUGCAAAGCAGUAUCCAUCUCAUAAACACAAUUCCGCCUCUGGUAAUGUGCUCUAGCUUCUUGUUUUCCUAUUGAAUUGCCUUGAUUGGCUCCAUUUUGAAUCAUCGUUAGGGCUGAAAUUUACAAUCCUUUCAUAAUUGAUUAAUGUGGCAAUUAUUACAAUUUUUUUUUACAGUCACACUUCCUCAGAGUCUAAAGUUGCACGUUCAAAUGUCUUGUUUUCUCCGACCAACAGUCCAAAACCAAGAGAUAUUCAGUUUACAAGCAGCAAAUCCUCACAUUGGAGAAACUG